AUGGACGACGUGGACUAUUUUGAGGACGCGCUAUUCACAGUCUUCGAGCACCACCAACCGGCCCAUGGCGAUCCCGGGACAGAAGAACAGUACCAAAACGACGCAUUGCCGGCGUGGUGCAUAAACAAGGCAGCCGAACGAUGCCUUGUCUAUCGCAUCCCUAUGGCCAGCAGCUCGAAUACCAAGCUCUUUGCGCACCACCAGUGGGAUGCGGGCGUCCACCUGGCGGACAUGGUCGUCGCAAAUGCACCCAUUGACGUACGUGGCCGUCGCGUCAUUGAGCUGGGCGCAGGGACAGGACUUCCGUCGCUAGCUGCGGCGGCCCAGGGCGCUGCCUACGUCGUCGUGAGCGACUACCCGGAUGCCGACAUUCUGCACAACCUCGAGGUAAACGUAGCACGACUACAAGCCCAAGCACACGCACAGGGCCUGCCCCCUCGUGCACUCCACGUCGCGGGCCUUGCAUGGGGCGACAAGGCGCAGGAAAGCGCACUGUGCGAAGACGGACAGUAUGAUAUAGUACUAGCUGCGGAUGUGCUAUGGGUAUCAUCGCAGCACGAGAAUCUGCUGCACUCGAUCUGCGCUCUCCUUCGGCGCGAUGCAGCUGCGCGAUGCAUCGUCGUGGCGGGCUUCCAUACUGGCCGACCAGCCACCGCGCGGUUUUUCGAGGCGGCGCGCACGCGAGGACUCGCGUUAGAUGUGGAGGCGCCGUUCCACGGGUGGUACGAACGCAGUUUCCGCGGCGAGGAGCGGGCGUGGCAAGCGAGCGUGGGCAAUGGGUCGUGGUAG